CCGACGCUUCAGGGACAAUCCGCUGGCACUCGUCAGCAAUCCUAUGACAGACCAGGAUUUUGCGAAGACAAGUGUUACGGCGAUGGGAGAAUCAGCCCGAAAGUCGAUGACUCUCCUCAUGAGGAUCGGUUGACGUUACCGUAUUGGCAUAUUGCGGAGGCGGCUUCACGAGCCUUAGAAGAGAAGAACAUGGUAAGCUAA